AUGGCUGUUGUCCUGGACGCUUUCGUGCCAUACGUGAAGAAGAUGAUUACCAGCAUGGCGGAAGAGGAGGUGCGCAUGCUGCUGGGCGUCUCUGGCGAGAUCAAGAGGCUGGAGGCCAACCUGGUGUACCUGCAGGGCUACCUGGCCGAUGCAGAGAGGAGGCACAUCACCGACAAAAGCGUGAAGGUGUGGGUGGGGAGGCUCAAGGACGCCAUGUACGAGGCUACCGACAUCCUCGAGCUCUGUCAACUGGAGGCCAUGGAGCGACCGAAGGAGAGCGGGCGUAAUGCCUCCAGCUCCACCCGCUUCCGUUCUCUCGUAGGGCAGCUGAAGAAGAAGCUGCAGGGCUUCCUCGAUCCGCUUCUGUUCUGCCUGCAGAACCCGGCCUUCACCCAUGAGAUCGGCGGCCGGAUCAAGAGGCUGAACGGGAAGCUGGACAGCGUCCGCAAGGACGCCCUGGUGUUCAACUUCCAUGCCAACUUCGGUUCAUACGAGGAACGGAGGCAGCCGUCGGAUCCGGCGAGCCACAGCAGGAUCAACAGGACGACGCCGGGGUUCGACGAGUCAUCCAUCGUGGGGGACAAGGUCGAGAUGGACACAGAGGAGUUGGUGCACAAGCUCACCAGCCACGGCCACGACAUGGCAUCCGCCAGGGUGAAGGUGGUGUCCAUCGUCGGCCCGGGCGGCAUGGGCAAGAGCACCCUCGCCAAGAAGGUCUUCGCGCAGGAGGCCAUCAAGGUGGAGUUCAAGACCAGGAUAUGGCUGGGCAUCACCCGGCGCUUCGACAAGGCGGAGCUGCUGAGAGCCGCCAUCACGCACGCCGGUGGCAAGCAUGGCGGCGAGAGGGAUGAGUCCAUGCUCGAGACAGCCCUCACCGAUGCCCUGUUGGCCAACAGAUUCCUGUUGGUCUUGGAUGACGUGUGGAGCGACCGAGCAUGGAAGGAGGUGCUCCAGGUUCCCGUCGUCAACGCCGGUCGGAGGCACCCGGGGAGCCGCGUCCUUGUCACCACGAGGAACGAAGACGUCGCUUUCAGGAUGGGAGCCUCCGGCAGCGAUCAAAUCCAUGUCAGCAAACUGGACGAGGAUGAUGCCUGGUCCUUGCUCAAAAAACAGCUGCCACAAUUGCAGGAUGACGAGAGUCACUUUGAUCAGCUAAAAGAUGUUGGGAUGAAGAUCAUUGAAAAAUGUGACGGUUUACCACUUGCCAUUAAAGUGAUGGGAGGACUCUUAAGCACAAGACACCCAAGCGAACGUGAAUGGGAGAUUGUUCUGAACAAGAAUCUCGAAUGGGAAGAGCAUGGGUCACAGGAGGAACUGAACUACUCGGUACAUCUGAGCUACGACGAUCUAUCUCCAGAGCUGAAGCAGUGCUUUCUAUAUUACUCACUCUUCCCCAAGGGUUCAGAAUUCCUAGAGGAUAUAGCCAUUAGCAUGUGGAUUAGUGAAGGGUUUGUUCAGGCCGACGAGAGGUCAGAGUCAGACCAACUAGACCUAGAGGAGAUAGGAGCUGAGUACCACCGGGAGUUAGUCGCCAGGAACCUUCUAGAGACCAACGAGUCAGCUGAGAGCGGAUGGGCCUACAUCAUGCACGAUGUUGUCCGUUCCUUUGCUCGGUUUGUGGCUAGGGAAGAAGCUCUUGUGGUUCUCAAGGAGCAGACCGACAUUAGAAGCCUUCUUUCACAUAACCAGAGAAUCCGCCGUCUGUCCAUGAAAUUAACCAAUUCAGUACUGGAGUGGGAUAUCCUAGAAAAGCUGGAAUCACUAAGGACACUGGUUAUAGCCUGCAACUUCAAGCCCGGCAGUGGUUCUGGUCCUUCACUUGCUUCUUCUUUUGCUAGCUUACGGGCACUGGAUAUCAGCUUUGCAGACUGCGACUGGUUGGUCGACCAUUUGUCUCAGCUGAGGCACCUACGGUAUUUGUCCUUCACUCAGACGGAUGUAUCUAGGCUGCCCCAUGACAUCCACAAGAUGAAGUUCCUUGAGCACAUUGCACUGUUCAACUGCAGGAAGCUGGACAAGCUUCCUGACGGCAUCGUAAAGCUGGGGCGUCUAAGGUAUCUCUCCAUAGAUGGGUCCAGUGUUGAUGUUGUGCCCAAGGGGUUUGGCGCGCUGACGAAUCUGAGGUCAGUCUAUGGGUUUCCGGCAAAGAUGGUUGGGGACUGGUGUACUUUAGAAGAACUGGAGCAUCUCUUUCAUCUUAGGACUCUUAGGAUACAUGGUCUGGAAAAUGUGCCUGGUGGUUCAGUGGCGGCAAGGGCCAUGAUCGGCAGCAAGAAGCAUCUCAGCUUUCUGGACUUGAUCUGCCACAAGAAUGAGGAGGAAGAUGGAGUGGGAGGAGAACAGAUUCCUGAAAAGGACCAGGAGCGAAUUGAGGCGGUGUUCGAUGAGCUCUGCCCACCGCCGUACCUGGAGGAUCUGUUCAUGGCAGGAUACUUCGGCCGUCGGCUGCCAUACUGGAUGCGGGCGCCAACUGCAAUGGCCUUCAAGAGCUUGACUGGCAUCACGCUAACGCGUCUGCGUUGUUGCACCCAGCUACCCGACGGAUUGUGCGGGAUGGUCAGCCUGGAAGGGCUGGCGGUCAACUGGGCUCCGGCCAUCAAGCUCGUCGGGCCCGACUUCCAAGCCCUUCCAAGUGGAAAUGGCGGCGCUGGUGACCUCUUCGUGACAAGACCGUUCCCUAAGCUGAAGAACCUGAAGCUGCACAACAUGACGGGAUGGGAGGAGUGGGACUGGGCGGAGGAGGAGCAGGGCGGGGCCAUCUCCAUGCCUGCACUGGAGUAUCUCAGCAUCAUCCAUUGCAUGCUCAGCCGUCUCCCCCCGGGACUUGCUAGCAGCAACAGGUAUAACCUGAGAACGCUCGACCUCAGCAAGCUCAGCGCCCUAGCGUCGCUGGAGAAUUUCCCUUCGGUCAUGGAGCUCGAUGUGCUCUACUGCCCCAAGCUCAAGAAGAUCAGUGGCUUCGCGAUGCUCCGAAGGAUGGCCAUCACUGAUUGCCCGGAGCUGGAGACGCUGGAAGGUGUCCCGGUGCUCAAGAGCUUGCUGCUGAAUGAUGAGCCAUGGGAGAUUGUCGGGACGUCUGCGUAUCAAGCUGGACAGCCGCGUCAGCUCCCACAAAACCUCACCAUUACCAGGUAG